AUGGAGCGUUCGGCUUACAGGGACAUCGCGGGAUGGGUUAUUUUUGCCUCCACAGUAAUCAUCACGUCAACCGUCGCUUGCGCGGUAUUCACCAACGAGGUCACCGAACGCGCACUUCAACACGUAGACCGCGUUUUGGAACUGUGGUAUCCCGAGCCGACGCUCGAGGAACAUAUCGCACUGCACGGAAAUACGGCGCUCCGUGUUGCCAUGCAAGAUUUAGCCAUCCAUAACGACCUGCGGCCUAUACUCGAGAUAGCACGACCUGCGAGAGCGCAGAAGUAUGAGUUACCUGAAGCGGCUGAUGAAAGGGUGCACGAUAUACUUGGCCACCUACAAACAAACAUGCGAGCCCUGUGGAACGAAAGAUUAAACAAGGUCCACGUGGAACCUGCAUUUUCUGAGGCUAUCCUAUGCGAGAGGGUAGCCCUCCCGAUGAUAGUAUCGUGGGCGACCUUAGUAUUUCUCUUGAGGACUCGUCGUCUAGGACCCGUGCUUGAUCGACUUAUCCCUGCUCAUAGCCCGUACUCAUCUCACAGUCGUAGCCUUUUGACGUCCAUCCUGAGGCCGAGCUUAGACUCACGCUUCCUGUUCGGGAGGAUGCUGUUCACCACAACUUGCGUCAUGCCCAUCAUUGAUGCUCUCUUCCGCAGGAGCAGACGCGUCGCCUCGUUCGCGUUAUCAGCUGCGGUCUGGGGAAACCUGUGCAGCUCUUCUGCAAGCCGAAUCUUACAGUCGAACCCUCAAGUGAUUCGCCGCGUCGCGGGUGCUGGUGGGGCGUGGUCUGCUUUGAUCGUCUACACCCUGUUUGGGGCGGUGGGUGAAGAAUCCGGGACCAUUGUGCUCACUCUCGCGGCCAUUCUGCCGUUUGCGGCCGCGAUGUAUAGCCCAGGAGGUGCCGUGUUUGCCGUAGCGUAUGCUACGGCGCUGGCUGGACCGAGGGCGUUUGAUGCUGCACGCCGACUUGCGUUCGAUGGCGAACGGUAUCUGCUGACGGAGCGAGUGCGGCAUUUGCAUGCCGCUACGGCGGAGACGCGUGCGCGCGAAUCGCGAGAGUUUGCGCUGGUGAACGUGCGGUCUUAUGUUGAGAACCCCAUCACUCUCACAAAAGGAUUCUGGUCUGUGGGGUGGCAGGGUAUCCGAGAUGCGGCCAAGUAG